AUGAGCGUAUGUUCGACUGACUUUUAUUGGCAUGUAGUAUUUAAAAAGCCUUGGCCGAAUAUUCCUAGUCUAAAAGAACUUUGUUAUGCAAAGUGUCUUGAAACCGACGUUAUUAAAGAAAGUUUCGGUCUUAAGGAUGCAUUAACUAAUGAAAUGUUUUUUCAAGAAUUCAGUUCAUUCCAGCAAAUCGAGGGCCUAUUCAAUAAGUGGGACUUAAAAACCCACCCGAACAUGACCAAUUCUACCCAACAAGCUAAAAUGCGUCUUGCUUAG